GACCCUCGUCGCUUCCUCUACGGUGUCAAAACAAGGAAGCGUCGGAAGUAGCGUCUAUGGCCAAAAGGAAGGCAAAGAAGGGAGUCUCAUCUUCAGUGGUGGGAGUGAAGAAGGGAAGUCAGAAGGAUACGAAAAAAACAAAGGAAUUGAAUAUGUUUUCUCUUGCUGCUGUUACUUUAAUGGUGGCUCUUUGUGUGGUUCCACUGACAGCUGAACGAUCUAAAUGUAAGUAUGGAGGACUUUAGACCUGAGUGUGAUGAGAAUGACUUCACAACUGGAUCAGCUGCAGUUUAUAACAUAACAACCAGCAGUUUUACAUCACUUUAAAAACGAAAAGCUAAACACAUAACCCCUUAAAUCAAUGAAUGUGGAUAUUACCACAUUACUACUGUUGUACUUGUCUUGUAUUAGAUGUUAGCUUUGAGCUAACAGCACCACCUCUGAUGUCCAGCUGACAGCUGAGGAGUCAGCUCCUCCAGUCGUUUGAACCUCCCUCCUGUCCGGGGGUUAGUGUACGGAUUAAUUCAGCAUGUGACCUCGGGUUUCUACAGCCAUAACUUCAGCCCUCUCACGUGUUUUCCUGCUUUAUUAAAGCAGCAUGUUAGCUCUCUGGCUGAGACUUGGUAGAGGUUUUAUCUAGCUAACGUUAGCUCGCACAUGGUAUGGAUAGUAGUGAUCUGGUCCAUCUCCGCAGACGGUGAACUUGAGGUCUGAGGUGAGUCAGGAGGAGUCAGCUGGUUGCUCAGCUGGGGCCGCUAAAAUGCAUAAUCAAAAUGGCUGUUGGGGUGAAUUGUGUUGCAGUUUUUAUUGAGUAUAAUGCACAUGGUUUUAAGAAGAGAAUGAGAAAUGUGCUGCUACAGCUGUGCCUGGUUUACAGUGUUUGAAAGUGCUUUGUUGUGUUUAGAUGCUUUGCUGUUGCACACCCACCCUUAGGUGUAGCUAGGGCUGGGCGAUAUGGGAAAAAGUCUAUCACAAUAUAUUUUUUUCAUACCAGUCAAAAUCGAUAUAUAUCACAAUAUAGAAAAUGAAAUUUAACAGUGCUUAUUGCUAGCAUGUCUUUUGCAAUACAAUAAACUCCUGCAUCUGUGAGGUCUUUGUGUCUCUUUGAUGCUUUGUCGUAAGGCGUUACGCUCAUAGACUGUGUAUACUAUGGAGAACUUGGUUCCGCCUUCUGCCAGUAUUCAGAUUUGAAGCCAGAAAGCUCUCGAUAAUUCCGUGUUUUUUUCUCCACUUCCUGAAACCAACAUUGCACAGUAGCAUUGUACACACUCCACCACUUGCGCUGUAGCAUUGUACACAUUCAGUGAGAGUCGCUGUAAUGACGCUCAGCUCAAACAGCGUAUCCCCCUGGGUGAGCUACGCAAUCUUCGUACGCCCAUAGGCUGCAUCAAGUGUCAAUCAUAGAAAACAUGAACCUCCUUAUAACUUUAAAAAACGGAGCUGUGCAGAAAAAAGAGGACUUGAGCAACUCCAUGAGCUUUGCUGGAGGAGGCGGGAUUUAUGACCUAUACUGCAGCCCGUCACCAGGGUGUGCUGUUCUCGGAGUGGCUUCACCCAGCGAGGAGGCAGACGCUGUCCAGUCUAUAUACAGUCUAUGGUUGUGCUAGAGAAAGCGGACUGAAUGGUUUUGCUGCACUGGCACCAAGGGCUCCUUGCUCUGCUUAGGGAUUGUAACCUUCUCACCAACAGUGCUGUCUGCUUCACGUGUUAAAGUGCUAUGGUAGCGUGUAGCUGCUGCCUGCUACUAUGCAGUUGUUUGCUACUUGGUUUUAAUUCAGCACAUAAUUGGUUCAGCCCGAAGCGGACCCGGAGCAACUCCCCUUUUUAGUGGCUAUUUGUAUAGUCUACCAAAACAUGGCAGAAUGCCGAAAAUCGUUAAGGAUAUUGGCCGUGUUUUAUAUUGAUAUAUCUACAAUAUAUCGUUAUCGCUUUAUUGCCCAGCCCUAGGUGUAGCCUCUCAUUUGUAUUUUCCAGAGGACAAUUGUUGUGCUGAUUGUUUUUUUGAAUAAUAAAUGUGUGUUAUUGUGUUGUCCUCUAGCUGGCUUCCCUCAUCAGAAGCAUAUAGUCCUGAAAAUGGAUGAGGCACUUCUGACAGUCCAUAAUGAGCUGGAAACCGAGGUGGAGGUUUCCUGGGUGUCAAAGCGCUGCUAUCAGGUAUCAGAUGCUAUCAGAUCAUUUUAUUUACUUUGGAGUUCUUUUAAGUGAAUCUAAUGUCCUUUAAAAUAUGUUUAAUUUUAUGGUCAAGCCUUUGUGUGGUUUUUGAUCCGGUGACGCAUCUGUUUUAUUUUGAUAUAAUUGUAAAAGACUCCAUAACUUGGUUUUGAAAGUACUCUAAAACUAAGUGUGUUAUUAUUAUUAUUAUCAUUAGUAUUAUUACUGAGGAUGUAGAGGGUGCUAGGAUUGGUUACAUUAAAUGUUAUUCCUUAUAUUUUGUCCACAUCAUUAACAAACAUGAGCACAAUAUUAGGAAAACCUUUUCAAUAUAAUGCACUCCACUUCACCGCCAAUGCUAGCUACAGCUUUACCAAUCGAUUUAAGGAACAAUAAUCACCAGUUUGACCAUAUCAACAAAGUUUGGACACAUGGUAUUUGUGGUAGAGUUCUUGCAUUUGGUUGCAUUUGAUUGCUCAGAUGUUCAUAAUGUCACAGUGGUCAGUGUAUACCCAGUACUCUUCUGUCGUUGAUUCUAUGAUUGUAUGAAUUGGAGCAUAAUGAUGAUGAUGAAUUUACAGUCUGCACCCUUGUUUCUGUUUGUGCUAGUGUUUGUACCAGAAGCUGGGGGUAGUAGCUGCAGGGUCCAGUCCCGGUCAGCCCAGUUCAGCAGACUUCAUUGUGAGCACACAGCAUCAAAUAAUACUACAGCUCAAUGGCACCUCAGCCAAAAUGGAGCUCUGCAAGUAAGUCAAAGAAUUGUGUGUUUAAGUUUAACCCACUGUACGUAAAAGUGUAUGAGUAUAAGUGAUUGAAGCAGCACUUCUGAUCCUCUCAUGAAUUGUUAUUUACAUAUAAUGCAUGAAAAAUAAAACUUUUAAUGACAUGUUCAUAACAUAAUUUAACUUAUUGUCUUAACAUGGUGUGGUGCUCUAAUGGACACGUGAAUACAGAUUGAGAAAUGAAAGAUUUUUGAUAGAAUUAAUUGGAUAUACACUUGACAAAGAGCAGAAUUUGAAGCCAUAUGGUUGUACAUUUAAUCAAGGGCAGUAUGUUAUAGAGAUAUAGAAUGAUAAGAGUUAUAAUUAAAGAGCGGUAAGGUGACUUUGAGUUCUCAGUUUGAUCCUUCAUUGAUCCUCAGGGUUCCAUUCCACUUUGGAGAGCAUGGGAACUACUCCCUGUGGGCGAAAAAUCUGAAUGACUCCUCAGUGGUCAACUGCUCAGUAGUGACUGACGCAGAUGCUAUCAACAGCUACAUACGUGAGUCUCCAUCAUAUUCGCUGAAUUCAUGAGCUCGUUCAUCAUGCUGUAUAAUGAAAUGAUACCUUUCUACAUUCAUACAGCAAUCCUGAUUGCUUUUGUUAUCUUUGCUGGACUCGCCUUGAUGUCUGCCAUUGGAAGAACAAUAUAUGGGUAAAGUUAUUUUACUGUUUUGUUCCCUUAACAUUUUAAUGGACAUGGACUAAAACCAAAUCUCAGUAUCUGCAGUUAAUAAUAGUGAUCUUAUGUAGAUCGUUUUGCUGAGAUUUAGUUGUAGUUUAGGAGCGUUCGUUGCUUUGAUGCCAGUUUAGAGUGUGUGUGUUUUAUUGAAUAAUCCCUCAACAGUUUGAUCUCUUUCUUUCGCAGGCUUGAAGUAGUGAGGGGGAUCCUUUUCCGAAUUGGUGGCUCUAUGGAGACAGAGCGGCUCAUUAACUCUGUGAGCGUUUGUAAAACAUUAAUUCACCUAACCGAAAAGUUUAAGAGAUUAUUCAGCCAAGAUGGUUUUUGUUUUUAAACCUUGAUUUUAGAGAGGAAAUUUAUAAUCCAGCUGUACUGAAUCUAACAUAGAACUUAAACAACACUGUAGAUUGAAAAGAACUAAAUGUGCUACUGGAUAUAUGUGUCUAGACUAGAGGUGCUUAUAAAAAAGUUUGUAAGAGUCAAAUUUUACAGCUACAGUUUGUUACUCAAGAGUCAGGACAGGAGUUCAGGUUUCUCCAACUGAAAAAAUGAUCUAUAACUUUCAUUAUUCAGGAACUGGGCUCUCCAGGCAGGAUAGUUCCACCUGUUACUGACAACAUCCUCCCUCCACCACCCAGUCCAAGCAAGAGGCUUCGAUCUCUGGACACAUUCAGAGGGUAAGCGCCAUACUUGCCAUCCUGUAACGUAGCGUGAUCAGAAGUGGGGAUAUCAACCAAGAAUGACUUGGUUAUCUUUUUUUAAUACAACUGUUACGAUCUUUCAGAAUUCAAACUUCAAGAAAGAAGAAAGUGUGAUCUUGAUUUAUACUACCAUGCUAGUCACAGCUGUCACUGAAUUCAGAUUAUUAUCAGCUAGAUGAAGCGAUUGAAGUGGAGCUGUGGCAUUUAAAAACAAAAGGAAAAAGGGAAGAACAUAUAAACAAAUGACUUUUUGCUGUGAUGUGUCCUCACACAGUAUCAUGUGAUUGUCACUGCAGUGCCGCAUUUUGGCAGCAGACACUGAAAUUUCUGCUGGUUAAUGAGGGAUAUACUAAUUGUAUUAAACUGGAUGUGGGCCCUUGAAUUAUAAUGUGUAUUUGAAUGUAUUUUUCUUUGUAGAAUUGAUCAUUUAGCUCCAUUUGUGUUUUAUUUUAACCCUUGAGCAUUGUUUGAAACAAAUCUAUUUAUGUAACUUUGCUUUUCUGAUACAGAGCCUUGCCUCCAGUGCUUGAAGUAAUGAUGCAUGUUUUUAUUUUCCUCUCAGCAUCUCCUUAGUCAUCAUGGUGUUUGUGAACUACGGAGGGGGAAGAUAUUGGUUUUUUAGACAUGAAAGCUGGAACGGUAAGUCGAACCUGCUCCUGCUGCAGAAUGAGAAUCAGCUUUAUUGGCUGAGUAUGUGUACUCAUACAAGAAAUUUGACUCUGCUAAAACUUUGUUCUAUAUGUAUAAACAUUAGACAUGACAUGUUGCAAAAAUUGCUUUUGACUUCUUAAUCAUCGUACAAAUAAGUCAUCAGUUAUAAAACUGACAUAUAUAGUUGCCAAGUCUGCUUAUUACAAGCGACUUUGUGCUUGUUUUUGUCAGAGGUGGCUUGUAAAACUCGUGAGUCGUGGGUUGUGGUUUUUUGGGCUUGUUUUUUUACUCGUAGUUGCUUAUUUGGGCUUGCUUUUCUGUCUGCGUGAAUCCCCACUUGUUGUCUUACACAAAAGCAAAGCAUAGCGUGAGUGUGGUAGGUAGCUUGUCCUGUCCAGACCACUGUUUCCUGAAUCACGCCCUCUCGAGUACUCGGCAAGCCCCCAAACACACUCGCACACAGCGCAUCAUGCUCAUGUACGCCAGAGCGCUGUGAUUGGUUGCCUGUUGGGCUUAUUUUAGGCUUGUUUUCAUGGAUCUGGUUGCUUGUUUCUCUCAGGAGAUUUGGCAACACUGCUGACAUACUGUUUACUAGUGUGGUAAUGGAUUUGAAACAUGUCUCUUAUUUUCUGACAGGGCUAACGGUUGCAGAUCUUGUCUUCCCUUGGUAAGUGUGAUGUAAAAUUUUGCCUUUUUCAGAUCAGUGAGCUUGAUUGUAAGUCUUCUGAAACAUAAGAGUACAUUUGCAGCAACAUUAUUUUUAUAUUGAUAAUAUCACCAUAUUCACAGAAAUAGAUAUGAUUUAAAUUUUGCAUUUAGUAGAUUAAAAUGGGUUCAAAUUCAUCUUUAAAAAUAAAAAUCAAUCUAAAAUGAUUGACCUUGCCAGUGAUGUUGUUUCAUGAGUAAAGUAUUUAAUUAAGACAUUUUGAACUUAGGCUCAAUGCUCAUAUUUUACCCCAUUUUAUGAGCAGUAAAUGAAUCUGUUCUGUCUCUUUCCUUCCUCUCCCAGGUUUGUGUUUAUCAUGGGGACCUCCAUCGCCCUGUCAAUCAACUCCCAGCUCCGCUCAGGCUCCACCCGCUGCUCUCUGCUCAGGAAAGUUUCGUGGAGAAGCCUUCAGCUCUUUAUCAUCGGUGUCAUCAUCAUCAACCCAAACUACUGCCAAGGACCAUGUGAGUAUAAACACACUUAUUUAAUGUUGACCAAAAUGUUGUAUUUUAUCGAAAUGAUAGAUAACCUGUGUUUUUGUACUUGGCCAUGGAUGUUGUCAUUUUCUCCAUCUGGUUUCUUUUUUUUUUCUUUUUUUUCUUUUUUUUUUUAUAUUUUAUAUAACAUACAAACAAAAUAAAACAAAACAAAACACAAUAAUAGUGAUGGUGGGUACAUAUACAGACAAGACAGAAACAAAAACAGUUAACAGUAUCUGGUUUCUACCUGCGUGCUCGCUAAAACUACAUCCUUGUCUGCUUCUCAGUAUCGUGGGACAACCUGCGAAUUCCAGGUGUGUUGCAGCGUCUGGCCUGGUCAUAUCUCGUUGUCGCCUGCCUGGAUUUGUUAGUGGCAAGAGGUCAUCUCGACAUCCUCACAACGGUCAGCCAACAGCUUCACGAUACUGUCUAAAACAAAAUAACUUCACUGACUGUGAAUACAUGAAACACAAUGAAAUCCAGAUGGUCAACCAAAGUGUUUGUUUGAUGAUGAGUGACUGUGUUUUCCAGGAUGCCUGUUGGUCGCCUGGACUUGAUAUCCUGCUGUACUGGCCGGCCUGGCUGUGUGUGCUUCUCUUAGAAACAGUCUGGCUAUGCCUCACUUUCCUCCUUCCAGUUCCAGAUUGCCCAACGUGAGUCAAACAAAACACGCUGAGUGUAUUUUUGGAACCAGGAAAUGCUCGGCAAAACAAGACGGUUUUAUCCUCUCCCCUAUAAAAAUAUCUGCACAUGCAGUUUUAGUCUUCUGAGUGUUCAGUCUGAUCUUACUGCUCUGUUUUAAGAGAGUCAGUUUCCUUUUCUUUGAUGUAGACUCAAUGCUGAAAAUGUCUUGCUACUGAAACUCUUUCAAAGAGUUACACAUCCUGAAUAGACAUGCUGUCUAACUGCUUCUACUAUACGACAAGAUUUUUUUUUCUCCAGAGUGAAACUUAAAGCUACUAUAAGGAGUUUUUAGCUGGUUAUGAUGCAGACUGAAAUCAAUACAAAUUCUUUUUCAUGGCCUGCAAACACAAAUAAGAUCACCAGCAACAUGACUGACCAUUUGUGCUAUACAGUGAUUAUCACACUUGUAACACUGCCAUGGGGGAGGUGUGAGACAGUUAGAGCAAGCUGCUAAUUCAGCCUUCAUUUCCUUUUUCUAAAUCAGAGGUUUCCAUAAGCGAUGUGUUUGACUAUAAAAAGACACUGAGAGGCUUUUUAUCGAGAGAACACAGUUCACACAUGUACAGGACAAGAUCGACAAAGAGAUCAGACACACCACAGAAGCCAUACUACACACAAACCGAAAGUUUCACACAGGAGUUUCAAGCUCAGCCGAAUAGUCACUUGAUUAUUGAAUUACUUUCAACACAUACAAAUGCUAACCUUAUUCUGCGCUGGUAUGUGAAAUGUCUUCAGUCUUUCCCCUCACUUUCUUUUUGAACCUCACUUGGUACACCUUUAAUCCUACAUUGAUAACACUGACCUCUCCCCUGUUCUUGUAAACAGAGGCUAUCUGGGUCCAGGUGGGAUUGGAGACAUGGGCCUUUAUGCUAACUGCACUGGUGGGGCGGCUGGUUACAUCGACCGGUGGCUGUUUGGGGAAAAACACAUCUACCAGACUCCUUCAUCCCGAGUUAGUAACCUGCAUUACAACCCAAAUCUACAAACAAUAGCAGUCAUACUCUGUAUAUUUUGAGUCAAGCUGAAACCCUCAUAUCAAGUUUUCCUCUCCAGAAACCGAAGUCAUGGUAACAUCACAAGCAAUGCGAGGGUAAACUGUGUCAGAGCUCAAAUAUGUUGACAAAAAUCUACCUUUGUGUUCUUUUCAUUAAGGUGAUUUACGGGACUCGUAUGCCAUAUGACCCAGAAGGUGUUCUUGGCAGUAUCAACUCCAUUCUCAUGGCUUUUCUUGGAUUACAGGUCUAUCAUGUGUAUUUGUCUUCCUGUCUUAAGAUAAUCUUAAAAUAAUAUUUCUCAGUUGGACAAACGCUGUUUUCUCCUGAUGUUUGUACUUUAAAUCCUCUCCAGGCAGGAAAAAUAAUCUUGCACUACAGAGAUGUCCACACAAGUAUAAUGUCCAGGUUUCUCAUGUGGGGUCUCUUUUUGGUAAGUAUAUCUCUCUAUUUUCUUCAUAUCGUAUGCCGUGAAAAAAAUAUGUGAAAAAAAUGAAAAAAUGGCUUUACAUUACUCCUAUAAAUAUUAGAUGAAUCAUUGUGGCUGAUGGGGUUUAAAUGUAAGUGUUUGUAUUUUACUUCAUGGCAUUUAAGCUUUCUGAUGAUUUAACAAAAUCUCUUUUAACCCCUCAGGGAAUCAUAUCAGCAGCUCUGACCAGCUGUUCAACAGACCAGGGUAUCAUUCCUGUCAACAAGAACCUGUGGUGAGGUUUAUUUUUAUGCACUUACAGGGUGAAAAUAUUUGCAUUGCAGUUGGAUUUUGAAUUUUGGGGGACAUUGCCUCAUAGAUAAAAAAGUAACAAUAUUCUCAGGUUUUAUUCAUUGUUAUGUGGUGUACAACUGUAUAUGAUAGCUUUAUGUGAUUUAUUUGUUUACCCUCAUUUAAUUAUACCUUCUUCUGAACCACUGUAUGAUAGUAUGGAGCACCAACAGUAGAAGAAACCAUAUUUACAGAACGAUAUUUUCCCUCACUUGUACUUUGUAUUUAAUUAACAAAUAGUUUUGUACAACAGACAGCUGAGGAGUGUUUAAAGCUCAGAGACCAAUUCCAGGACAGUGCACAGGCCCAGCCAGGAGUUAAUAACCUGCACUUAUGAUCCACAUUCAAAAGCACAUUCAACAAGUUUCCACGUCUUUUCCGAGCAGAAACAUAGACAGUGGAAAAUCACUUUUAAAAAUAUAUUAUGCGAAAUGAAAUGAUGUAUUCUCACUACUUUUGUGUGUCCGGUUUGUUUCCCUGCCAGGUCUCUGUCCUAUGUUACAACGCUGGCCUGCUUUGCAUUUGUGCUGCUGGUAAUUGUCUACUACACCGUGGAUGUGAGGAGGUGGUGGUCUGGGGCUCCAUUUUACUACCCUGGUGAGCAUUUUUCUGUAUAAUGAGAUCUUGUAUAAACUCAUAACAAUUUUGAGUGUAAGCUUUGUCCACACUGGGCUUCCUCUUUUCAUAUUAGCACAGUAUUUCCUUCUGGCUCAGUUUUAAUGAACAGCUAUGAAGCAUUAAACAAACGGACAAAUUUUUAAUCACUUGAAAUUAGCAUUAAAUACUUGUAAUAAGUGUUGUAAUAAUUCUCUGUAACUUUGCUUCAAGGAAUGAACUCCAUUCUUGUGUACGUGGGCCAUGAAGUGCUUGAGGAGUACUUCCCUUUCCGCUGGCGCAUGGUCGAUAACCAAUCCCACGCUGAGCAUCUCACCCAGAACCUGGUGGCUACCUCCUGUUGGGUCCUCAUCUCCUACGUGCUCUACAGAAAGAGGAUUUUCUGGAAAAUUUGAAAUGAUGAGACACUCAAACAGCAGCACCAGCAGGCAUUGUUUACCUCAAAUAUGCUGAAGUUAACCCAAAAAGACAGGAAACAGGAGACUGAUUUGUUUUCUAAAAAUGUUGAUGGUUUGUCAAAAACAAAAGGCUUUUACUUUAAAGAACUUCUUUAAAAUAAAAGCAGUUAUUCAAAAUGUUCAGACUUCCCAAAAACUUUUGGAUAGGUAGCCGUGUGGCCCUGCCAAAUACCUUAACUGACUCAGGAACAACAUUUCCAAGAAUAGUUUCAGACUUAAAGAGAACUCUGUAGUUGGACAGGUUAAUGCUCCGGUUAUCAGUCCUCAUCUUGUGCUGCAGUCUUCAGGGACAGGCUGUUGUGAUCCUUAUUUACCUUUCCGUUGGUGGUAUUAAUGCUGCAAUUUACUACAUAGUACUUUGGCAUUACUCUAAAAGCAAGGUAGAUAUUGGUGAGGCUGACUCAUCCGGGGCAGAGUGGAGAAUGUAAAAGAUUUGCACUCUGUAAAGAGAGGCACCACAGCUGGAGAUUAAAGAGAUGUUUUUAACCGGAAAAAAAAAAAAGUACUGUGAGGUUAAAGGAUGUGAAAGUUAAACUUCUGUGUAAGUGAUGUUCCUCUGUAGGCAUUAUCUUUUUAGUGAGAAAGUGUCCUGUGGUUUGACAGGACAAUAUGCUGUCUGUUACUUGUGUAACAAACUAAGGGGAAGUGAAGAUGGACAUAUCAGCGGACUUUUCAAACCCAUUGAAAGUAGCUCAUUCUGUAUGUUAAAUACGUCUGGAUCAGUUCAUACUAUUUGAUGAGGUUUUUAAAAACACUAGGCACAAAGUAACCCCUUUUUGUGUUGAUGCAUAAGCCCCUCUGUGGGAACCUUUGCAAAACGUAUUUGCCAAAAUUGAGUGCAAUUUUUUAAACAUUUGGGUAAAUGUGUCAUGAGAUUAAACAAAGGACUUCUACUGUGUAACACCCAUGUAUAUCAGUUUGAUUUAUAUGAAACGUAUUUCAUAAUGUUGUGAGACCACAUAACUGUUGACUAUACUUUAAAAAACACACAUAUGACUUCUGCAAUUUGCAGAUUGUGUAAAUAAACAUUUCAUUGAGAUAUUUCUAAAAAUCCUCUGUUGAUCAUAGAAACUCAAACAUUGUCAGAUCAAUUUUCAUCUAGUACUGUUUAAAUCAAAACUCAUUGUCAAACUUUUAUACUGUUUUUUAUUUCAAACUAUGUAAUAAAACUGACUUUAAUUCUCGUUCAUGGUGUUUUCUUCCAUCAUUCAUCAUUUUCUUGCAAACUUGUGCACAAGUCAUUAAAGAAAGAACUUUUAUAUAUGAAGGGUUCCCUGUUUGGUUUUAUUCGAGGUUUAAUUCGAGAUCAUUUACAGUAUUAAAAUUUAAAAGGUUACAGUAUUAAAGUUUUAAUGUUAUGAGACCACAUAACUGUUGACAAUACUUAAAAAAAAAUUUGACUUCUGCCAUUUGCAGAUUGUGUAAAUAAACAUUUCAUUGAAAUAUAUUCAAAAAAAUCAUCUGUUAAUCUAUAGAAUAUCAAACAUUGUCAGAUCAAAUUUUUACCUUAUACAAUUUAAAUCAAAACUCAUUGUCAAACUUUUAUACUGUUUUUUUUUAUUUCAAAUUAUGUAAUAAAACUGACUUAAAUUCUCAA